GAAGAAAGUAUAAAGCCGAGGGGGGGAUGUACACUUGCUUUCUCUGGAAUACACUUUAAAGCUGCACUGCCACGCCGUCCAUCAAGCAUUGCUGUGCUCCUUGGGCUCUGAUAAGAAGGACAGAAAUGAAAAGAGGGGAAUGAGAACAGACUGAACAAAAUUCUACAAAAUCAUUAGUGUUACUGGGGAGAAAGGAUCCAUUUAGGAUGUAUUCCUUUCUAUUUAUAAAGAAAAAUAGCAUGGUAACCACUCAAGGAUUUGCUCACACAAUUUGGCUCAUUGUAUUGUGUUUUGUACCAUAUGUUACUUUAUCAUGUGAAAAUGGUGUGGAAAAAACAACUGUUGGAAAUCUCACCAUUGGAGUCUACAAUCUUUCUUCUUUGAAUUGCACUUGGAAAACUGGCAGACAUACUUCAAAAGAUACACAGUAUUUUCUUUACUUACAAAACCGAAAGGGAGAACAAAGAGAGUGUCCAUAUUACACAAGUAAUGAAGAUGGACAGCAUGUGGCAUGCCAUUUUCCUCAUGUGACUAUAAAUGCAGACAAAGUUGCGCUCUAUCUGAAAGUAUUGAUCAACAAAUCACGGACUGAGUUUUAUAAUAAGACUGAUGUAGUGCUAUAUGAAUAUGAAAGGCUUGGUCCUCCACAGAAUAUCACUGUAAAUUGCUCUUCUGGGCAUCCAUCAGAAUGUAGGGUACAAUGGAUGUACCCCCCACACAGUCGUAAUCUACCGAGUGCUGCUCUAUCUGGCUGCUUUGAAUAUGCAAUAAAGGAUGAAACCAGAAAUACUACUACAUGUACAACUAAAGAAUACUACAUUUGCUCUGGAGAUGUAAAACACACCUUGAAGUUACGUGCACGUGGUGGAAAAUAUUGUCCCAUAUCAAAAAUGUCUGGUGAAUGGAGUGACCCAAUUGUAUUUGGCACGGAACCCAACAGAUUCCCCACACUUCCUUUUGUCUGUGCUGUACUUGGAACCAUCAUAACAAUCUUGCUCCUGGUUUUUCUUUGUAAAAGGUACAAUAUUUGGCAAACGCUAGCUGCUCCAAUUCCACAACCAAAAAUCAUUCUUUAUCAAGAUGAAAAGAAUAUGGAGAAAGCAUAUCUGGACCCAGUAGCAACAGCAGAUGAAAAAAUAACCGUUUUUGAAGUCAUAACAGACAGCUGCAAAAAAGCAUGAGGCAUUUUCCUCAACAAGCUACACUCAGCAAAUUAAAUAAAGUUAUAUCUUUCUGUAUCCCUUCCUCCCAAACUGUGUGCAAUGCAACACAGCAAGGAGUGGGCAUCCUAUGCAAAGAACAUCUGAAGGCAGCAGCUGCUGUAUAUAUAUUCCCCCCUGCUUUGGCAUGUGGUCAACAACAGGAGUAAGCCAUACCCCAGCACAGCAUUUUUCCAGUGGCUGUUGCUGGCUUCUCCCUUUUGUUUCUUCUACCUGGAAGCCCUUUGGUGACAGGAAACCAGAUUACUACUGUGUAAGCCAUUAAGAACAUUUUCAGGGCAAUACAGUAUAUAAAUGAUAGAAGAUGUGUCUUCUUGUUGCACACACAAAUGGGAAGGACGAGAGAGAGAAGCAGCAAGAUGUAUACACUUGGGCAUAAGUGGUGGUUGAGCACCACUACCCAACAGAUUACCUGGUGUGGGUUGGAAGAGCUCCUAGCGAGGAAGUUUAGAAGGGUAAGUUAAAACAACACUGAGGGAGACUGCAGGGGUUCCAUGGUCUUGUGACUGGAAGGCAUUUCCAUACAGGCGGGGGCACACUAAGAUAACUUGGGCAACCAGACCACCCAGCCGUGAACCCCCUUCCCCCCCCCAUGUGAGGCCCAGCAAAACUUCCUUUGGGGGGCCCGACCUGCCAAAGCUCAUGGUCACACUGGUGUCACGGGCUUGUGGCGAUCUCUAAACUGCACAGGUGUGCCUCGUAGUUGUUUCAAGAUGCUGGCCCGAAUGAAUGGGCUCAGUGUCGUUCCUGCUCACACCCCACCGCCACCAGGGGAGGGGGAGAGAAGGGAGGACUGCUUCCCUCCCCACCCCACUCCCAGCCACCCCUCAGCAGUGGCCAUUUGGAGGCUCCACUGGACCUUGGAGGACAGGACCGGGUCCCCAAGGUCUGGGGGGUUAGUGCGCCUUUGUAUACAGAUAGGGAUCAGUGCUCAAAAUACAGGGGGCCAGGCUUUCUUACCUUCUGUGCUGACCUUCAACAAGCUUUCAGAAGACUACAGGGCAGGGUAACUUAAAAUGAGGUGGGAUGGGGGCACAAGAGGUGGGGCCUAGAUUUCACUUAGGGUCCCUUCCCUUUUCACUUCUAUUUUGAGCGCUGACGUAGGGGCUGAUUUUGGACAAUCCUCCUUUGUGCUAGAACCUGUGGCGCAUGGCAGCUUGUUUCUGGGAAGAACAGAUUUUUCAGGGGGAUACAAGUGGCUGCAGAAAUUUCAUUAUGUUCACAAAAGGGAGACCUAAAACCCUGAUUUCUAAUGAAUUCCCCCCCCCAACAUAAAGGUAAAGUUGUACUGUUGAGUCAGUGUUGACUCUUGGUGACCACAGUGCCUUGUGGUUGUCUUUGGUAGAAUACAGGAGGGGUUUACCAUUGCCAUCUCCCACGCAGUAUGAGAUUAUGCCUUUCAGCACCUUUCUCUAUCGCUGCUGCCAGAUAUAGGAGCUUCACAUAGUCUGGGAAACAUACCAGCGGGGAUCCAAACCAGCAACUUCUUGCUCCCUAGGCAGGUUACUUACUCCCUAGGCAGGUUACUGCGCCAUGCUUUCAUGCUAUUCAGUGUAGAAAUUGUUUUCUGAAGAUAAACACUGUACCAGAAACAAGUUGCUUGUUAGCAGAGUGAUGAAUCACACGUACUUAGUGAGCCCUUUCUGAUGAUUGUGUGAGAUGGCUUGAGGGCGGGAAGGGAAGUUUCUGGGAGGGAAGCUCGCCUUCCCUGCAGACGAUCGGGGGGGGGUGUGUCUGGGCGUGCAGAUUGCUCCACGAGGUCUGGGCACCCAGUUGGUACGGGGCUGCCAUGGGCAGUGCAGAGGUGCAGGGGAUGGAAUGCAUCAUCCUGGCCCCCGGAAAUCCCACAAUGCACCGUGUAGUGUAGUGCAUUGUGGGGGUCUUCCAAGCACAAGACGGGCGCCCAUCAGUGAUUCAGUGUCAGCUGAAAGCAAUCCUGCGAGUGCUGACAUGCAGUCAGGUGAAAGAGGUUAAGGGAGUGCUCGUUUAAGAGCAUGGCUUCUUAGCCGGGUUUGCUGCUGAGGCACUGCACAGAGCCAGUCGGCUCCCAGCGGUUUCCAUGGGCAGCCAAGCCUGGGCUUAUCUGCCCCAGCCCAGUCUUGGCUGCUCGUGAGAACAGCCUCAGGAACGUAAAUACAAAACUACAUUAACUCUGCUCACGUAUAUAUACAUCUGAAUUUCUUCUGCAAACCAGAAGUGUAUAUGUAAUCAGCAAACAAUCCCACGGCCAGGUCUCCACUCCCCCACUAUGUUUUGUAUGUGCUACUCCAUAUGCUGAAGUCCCCUACUGGCAACCCCACAGUGAGGAUCAGGAAGAGAGGGACUCACAGGAUUGCUGGGUAUACUUAAUUGCAUGUAUGAGGAAUGACCUAGAUUGUACCAUUAUCUUUAGAAGGAAAAUGUAUACAAAAGGUUUUAAAGAUUGGCUUGGCGACUAUUAAUAAGAACACUGUAUACAUAACCAGAUCUGUCAAUAAAAGGGCUACAAAAGCUGUUUCCCAUAUUGUACCGCAGUAUG